AUGACGUCACUGUGCAGGAACCUUCUUUUUUUUCUGAUUGCCUUGCCACUCCUUCAGUCCCACCUCUACACUCAUGCUGCCACCACUUCCUCUCCCAGUACUCGUCCUCGCAUCAGAUUCAUUAAUAGCUUGGGCUCGGACGAUGACUAUGAAGAUGAUUACAAUGACGAUGACAACAGCUCUCUUUCUGAAGUGCCGUCCACAGUGAAGAUUUCAGUUCUCAAUACGGCACCCCAGUUCUGCAAGAUCAAUCCCUGCCUGGAGGAUCAGGAACCCUGUCACCAACUUUCGGAGAAGACCGGGUGCCUCUGUCCUGGGAUCAGUGGGGCAGAUGAGCCUCCUCACCCACCAGUCAUCCAGACAGUGCUGCCAGUCAGUAAAGGAGAUAACAUCGGGAAGGUAGAGGUGCAGUGGUGCGCUCCAUCUUCUGUAGUGUCUGGGUAUAGAGUGGUGGUUGAGGGAGGUGAAGGCGAUGCUUUGGAGUUUGGAGAUGCUCUACGACGAGGGUUGGUGGGAUCCUUGGAAGUUGGGACCAAGGUGUGUGUGGAGGCGAUCAACGGUGCAGGACACAGCAGCCCCUCAGAAUUCUCCUGUAUACGGUAUAACCCUCCUAAAACCUCUGGUCAUAACCUGCUGGUCUGGAUCCUAGGUGGAGGAGUCGCCCUGCUUCUACUUAUCAUCAUAACUGCUGUGAUCCUAUGGAAACAGAAAGUAUGUCAAAAGGGGAAGAGAGACUCUGCUGAUGGACUAGGAAACCCUUCUUACAGCAAAGAGGGAACUCUGUAA